AUGGCUGUCAGAGGUCGACGCAUCCUCCUGAGCUUCAUCGGCUUCAUCGUCUUUGUCGGAGUGGAUGCUUUCAAGCUGCAUGCCCAUGCAAGCCCAGGCUCUGGCAACAUAACCGACCUAGCAUCAGCAAAGGCUAAGAUCCUGCUGUCUCAGCCCCAAGCGCCUGGAAAUGCCAGCUCCAGUGGGGAGAAGGCCGCAAAGGAAGCACAGCGCCUGAGAACUGCGAAUGACAUGCAGAAGGGUAAGGAUCAACGUCUACCUGCCAACGGCACGCAGAAUGAGACGCAGAGCCAGGAAGGUGCGUCAAGCUUUGGCUUCAAUGUCUCCAAGAUGUCUGUUUCCGAGUUCUGGGAGCCGUACAUGUGGGUCGUGGCAGCCCUUGUCGCCGUCUUCGCAGUGAGCUUUGAGCUGUGCCAUCGACGGCUGGCAGAUGUGGACCUCACUGCAACGCCUGAUUGUGGAGCAGAGCACCACGAGCACCAGAUGCUGCACUUGUUCAAGGGAAUCGUGCCUCUUGUGAGGCCCUUCUACUUUGGUGAUGAGCGGCACACGGCCUGGGCCUAUUUGGCAGCGAUCUCUGUGCUGGGUGUGAUUGACUUAGUACUGGGCCUGAUCAUCAUGGUGUGGUCGAAGGAGUUCUGGGAUACGAUUGAGAAGAAAAACAUAUCGCGCUUCUUCCCGCUUAUUCUGGAUCUGUGCCUUUUGGCUUUCUCCAAAAUCAUCCUGUCCACCUAUGGCCAGUACAUCGGCAUGAUGCUCUCCAUUCGUUGGCGGCGUUCCAUGACGCAAUGGCUGCUGACAAAAUGGUUGAAGGACAAAUGCUUUUACGCUUUGCAGCUCGACGGCAAAGGUGAUGUGCCAGACAAUCCGGAUCAGCGAAUCCAGGAAGAUGCGCGCCUGUUUGUGGAGCAGACGAUGUCGCUGGGAACAGGUUUCGUUACUGCUGCCACUCAUCUGCUGUCCAGGUUGCCAAUGCUCCUCCUGCUCUCGCCAAGCUAUGCCUUUGGAUGGUUCUACUGUCCUGGAUGGCUGUUGUACAUAACGCUGCUAUACUCCGGUGUGGGAGCUAUUGUGGCUCACUUUGUGGGACAAAAGCUCAUCAGCAUCAACUUUGGUCUGCAGAAGUAUGAGGCCGGCUUUCGGUAUGACAUUGUGCAGAUCCGUGACAAUGCAGAAAGCAUCGCCCUCUAUGGAUCCGAACCUUGCGAGGAGCAGCGAUUGCAAGGGAAGUUUGCAUGGAUUGAAAGGGUGUGGUGGAUGAUGAUGUGCUACACCAAGCGGCUGGGUUUUUUCGUGUCUUUCUACUACCAAACUUCCAGCAUCUUCCCCUACUUGGUUCUGGCUCCGAACUACUUCCGCGGUCAAAUCACCUUGGGCACCAUGUUCAUGCUUUUCGACGUGUUGUGGGCGGUGAAGUCGGGCUUUGACUGGUUCCUGGGAAGCUACUCCGAGCUGACCGGCUACCGAGCCACUGUGGACCGUCUUUCCAACUUCACGCAGGCCAUGGAGAAGAGAAGCGGUGCCAAAUGCGAGGUUAAACGCCUGCCAGCCGGAACCCACAAAGCUGCAGCUGUAGUCAGCGGCCUGAACGUCCAGUUGCCGGCCAAAGUGGAUCAGCGCCAACUUUGGAGAGACGCAAACCUGGAAGUGAAGCCGGGUGAGUUUGUGUUGCUGUCGGCGCCGGAGGGAACCGGCAAGAGCUGCUUCUUCCGGGCAAUGGCGGGAAUUUGGCCGCACGCAAGUGGAGAAGUGUACCUCCCGGCCAAGACUCUCUUCCUGCCGCAGAAGUCUUACAUUCCUCAGGGCACACUGAAGCAGGCAGUUGCCUACCCUUCCUGUGCCACCGAGUUCACGGACGAGGAUGUUCAGGCGGCCCUGGAGGCCGUGCGCCUGACAACCCUGGAAGGUCGCCAGCUUCAGGAUGAAGCCAAUUGGGCGAUGUUGCUCUCAGGCGGUGAGCAGCAACGGCUCGCCAUUGCUCGUGUCUUGCUACGCAAACCUGCGGCACUGUUCCUGGAUGAGGCUACCAGUGCUCUUGGGGCUGAGGGCGCGUUAGAGGUCUUUCAACUGCUUCGACAGCCGAAGAGCCUUCCUGAAGGUUCUGUGGUGAUCACGGUGAGCCAUGAUGUGGAGCUUCUGAAGCCCGUUCAUGAUGCGCACUACACCUACGACGCUGAAUCUGCCAGCUGGAAGUUGGAGUAG